GUGUGUAAGCGUUUGUGACCGUGCAUGCAUGCACUUGUAUGUGUGUGUGUGGCUGCGAAAGGCUCCGGCACUUGCUGGCAGGGCUCAGUGCUCCCGCGCUCAAUGCCAGCGCCGCUGCUAUUUGCUUGCUCGCCCGCACACACGCAAACACACUCCUCCCCCUACACACACUGUCAGGCUGGGCUCGGGAAACGGCAUGGAAUGGAAUCUCAGAAGGAUGGAAAGCGAGCUAAGGCAGAUUAAUCCGGACUUGCUGCAGCCCAGCAAGAGCUUUAAGAAGCCCUCCUCGGGCACAAUCACCCUCAAUGUGGGGGGUUACUUAUACGCGGCACAACGGCAAACUCUAGCCAAACACCCUGGCUCACUACUUGAAGAGCUUGUCAGUGGUAAGAAAGCUGUGCAGCAUGUAGACUCCAUGGGCAACACGUUUAUUGAUCGUGAUGGGCCUGUUUUCCGCCACAUUUUGAAUUUCCUGAGGACCGGGGAGCUGAUCUUGCCAGAUGACUUCAAGGAAUUGGCACUUCUACGGCGCGAGGCCGACUUCUACCGGCUGAGCGAGCUGGCCCAAGCGCUGCAAGAGUGGGAGCAGCAACAGGCAGGUCAGCGUGAACCUGCCUUUCUAGAGGUGACCGACAGCCACGAGCGCUCACACGGCCUCAAGGUCUACUGCAGCGAUUCAACCUUCAUUGAGAAAGUUAAAGCGCGUCUGGUGCAGAUCUCCAAGAGUCGUCUGGAUGGCUUCCCUGAGGAGUUUGUGGUCUCAUCUAACAUCAUCCAGUUCCGGCACUUCAUCAAGUCCGAGCAGGGUUCACGUCUGGUGCUCAAGGAGGACAGCACCUUUCUGUGCACUCUGGAGACGCUCAAGCUUGAAACGGUCAUGAUGGCUCUUAAAGCAGGCUUUCGUCUGCUCACCUGCCUGGACAGUAGCCGGGGAUCAGUAGUGCAAUGUGAGGCCCUGCACUUUGUCAAGUGACCCAAACCAGCACAAAAGUACCCAUCAACCCGCAUUGAUGUUUCCAGCCAUCAGCACAGGACCUGCACUGUAUUUACAAAAGAACAUUCUGCAAUGUAUGCUGCUUCUGCAUUCCUCAAGCUCCUACUAACCAGCCUUGAAAAGUAAAAAGAGGUGUUAUGUAUUGUGUUUUCUUCUGGCAUACUAUGUAUAAUCUUUCACUUGACAAAAACUAGCUUUUUUUUUUUUUUUUUUUUUUAAAGUAAGAUAAAGAGCAUAUGGAUAUUGGUUUAUGAACUGAAAUGUAUUAUAGAAAACCUUUGCCUUUUUUUCCAGAAUAUAAUCAGAUCAGAGGAACUGGUUCAGGUUCAGAACAGGUUUCAUAGGAACAACUACUGUGAUGUAUGAUCAACAGGUUGAAAUACAUAAUGCAUGUGCAAAUAUUAUUUCCCUUUGGGAGCAAAUGUUGUAAUUGCUGGUGUUGUGAAAAAGUAAAGUUGACAGCAAAAACCUUAUUCAGAACCUGUGAAUGUUUUGCAAAAUAAAGAUUAUAAAUAGCAAA